AUGAAUAUAGAGGGUCCAGAACAGCUGGAUCCUGACCAGCCCAGGGCUCCAGGUAGUGGAGCUGCUCAUGGACCAGCAGACAUAUCCCGGUCACGAGCAGAUGGACCAAAACAGCCCUAUUUAAAGGUUUACCCUCUGACCUUGUAUAACGACAGGAGACGGGGCUUCAACUAUAAGUGGUUCUCCACUCAUAAGUGGUUGGAGUACUCACAAGCUACGAACUCUACCUACUUCUAUGCCUGUCGGGAUUUUAGUCUCCCCAGCUCAGGUGAUACUGUAUUCACAUCAGAGGGGUUUAAUAACUGGAAAAAAGCUAUGUUUACUGAUGGGGGAUUUGCAACCCAUGCAAAAUCUAAGUCCCAUUGUAAUGCAAUGUUUGCAUGGGCAGAGUACAAGAAGACACUUGAAAGUGAGUGCUCUCUCCCAGCCUCAAUGAAUACAGGGUAUGAGAAGCUGGUGAAAGAAAACCGAGAAUGUAUAAAAAGUGUUGCAGACUCAUUGCUUCUCAUAGCCACACAGAACAUAGCACAGAGGGGAAACAAUGAAACUGAAGGGCACAAUAAAGGAAAUUUUCUUGCUAUCAUGGAACACCUAGCAAAGCAUGAUCCCAAAAUAAAAAAAAAAGAUGACUAG